AUAAAAUAAGCAAUUUAGGUGGUUGGAGCGAGAAAAAUCGUAAAAGUAAUUUUCAAUCUUAUAAAUCAGGAAUCCACCCUAGGGUAGAGACCAUUUCCUCAAAACUGAUUUUUUUUUGAAAAUAUCUACCUCGAAGGACUAAACACAGCUAAAAACUCCAAAAAAAGUGUUUUUCAUACAUUUUUUAUUUGAUUGGGCACAUUGCACCGAUUUUUGAGCUCCAUAAAAAAAAUAUGUUAUACCUUUAGAUAUACCAGAAUUUUAAAAAAAUUCGUAAAGGACUCGCUCUUCGUUUUUUUCGAAUUUUCAAAAUUUUCAACCCUCAACCCCCCCUCCCCUCCUCUCUAAAAUCCUAAAUAUGAAAAUUUUCAUUUGAAAAAAAUUUCAUACACGCACCUACUUAGUGGCUAUUUUCUGUGAAAACUUUUAAAAUAUUGGUGCCCCCCCCCCCAAUAUAUCUAGGUUGGUUUCUCGACAACAUUUCCCAAAAAGAAAUAAACGAAUUUGGUUCUGAUAUUUUAUGUAAAUAUUAAAAGUAAUACGUAAUAGGUCAUUGCUCUUCGCUGUGCAUAUGGUUGCCUACUGCCUACAAUAAAUUAGUAUCAAAGUAAAAUAUACUCGUAGGUAGGUACAUUGAACACAUCGCCAUAGUUGCUCUCAUGUAACGGGUUCAUUUUCCUUAUUACGUAGAGCUGAACAGUGAACAGCGAGUUAUCGCGUAGGUAAUUAAAAUAAAAUUCUCAUUUGAGCAUGUAAACAAAUAGUACUAAAUAAUUGCAGUACUUCCUAAAAUUUACUUUUAUCCAUAGACCCAUUAGUUUAUAAAUAACUACCCAAUACCUACCAAUGUACACCUGCCUUUGUUUCAUUUAGUUUGAUAACUUUUUUAAUAGUUAUUACACCAUGACCUUGUUCACAGAACUUAAAAUCGUAUAAAACUAGUUUCUUCUAUUGGUUUCAUUUCUUUUUUUUUUUUUUUCAGUUCUUCUUGGAUCUAAUUUACAUUAGGUCGUUUCUUGUUAUCAUAGUGUAUCGAAACAUCAGUUAACCAUGUGGUUGUUUAUUAUUGUAACGGUUCUAGUAUUUUUUUACAUUUAUAAAAUAAUUUCGCCUCCUCGUCGAAUAUAUGAACUUGCUGAAAAGAUUCCUGGUCCUACAUUUUAUCCGAUUAUUGGCAGCACACGAGUGUUUCCUUCAGGAAAAUCCAAUUUAGAAAUAGCUACCGAAUGUUACGAGCAAUUUGGUUCAGUCUUUCGCAUCUGGAUAUCGAAUAAAGUUGUUUUCAUCCUGAGUGAUCCCGAUGAUAUUGAGGUUUUCUUAUCGCAAACAAAGCACCUUGAUAAAUCAUUUUCUUAUCGACUAUUGGAUUCCUGGUUGGGCGAUACGAAUUUGCUGACCAGUAAUGCGGAUAUUUGGCGUACGCAUCGUAAACUAUUGACACCAUCGUUCCAUUUCAAAAUUGUAGAAAAAGCUGUUCCAAUGAUGUUUAGAAAUGCUGAAAUUCUGUGCGAUAAAUUGCAAAAGGAGGUCGAUCAGUCUGCGUUCAAUAUUGAAAAGUAUAUUGAAAAAUCCACUCUGGAUAUUAUUGGAGAAAUCGCCAUGGGGAUUAAAUUAGACACUCAGUCGUAUGCAAAUAGUGAUUAUUUGGAUAGCGUUAAAGUUUUAUCGGCAUCACUUCUAAGUCGUUUCGUGUCCCCCUGGUUACAAUCUGAAACAAUUUUCAAACUUUCCAAGACCGGACGCGAUUACUUUGAAAAUCUUAAAGUAAUCAAAGACGAAGGCCAAAAAGUAAUUCAACAAAGAAAAAAAUUAUUGCGUGAAAAUCAUGAAGUAUUUGACGAAGAAAAGAAUGACAAUGGAAGAAAAAAAUUGAAACCAUUUUUAGAUUUUAUAUUAACCCAAGGUAAUUUCAGCGAUAAUGAAAUUGAAAACGAAGUGCAAGCGUUUAUGUUUGCUGGCCAUGAUACUACAAAAUCUGCGAUAUCCUUCUGCCUUUAUUGUUUGGCAAAUCAUCAGGAGAUCCAGGACAAAGCAGUGAAAGAAAUCCAAGAAACUAUAAUGAACCCAGAAGGAGAACCAACGUACAAUGAUUUUCUUAGUCUGAAAUAUUUGGAAAACGUCAUAAAAGAAUCUAUGCGAUUGUAUUCGCCAGUGCCAUUCAUUUCAAGAAAGAUUGACGAAGACGUUGAAUUACCAAGUGGUUAUGUUCUUCCAGGCGGAUCUUAUGCUCAUAUCAGCAUAUUUUUAACGCAUCGUAAUGAUAAAUACUUCAAGGAACCGAAAAAAUUCAUACCCGAAAGGUUUGAAGAAAGGGACAACAAAAGAAACCCAUAUGCUUAUAUUCCCUUUAGUGCAGGGCCACGAAAUUGCAUCGGUCAAAAAUUCGCCAUGUUGGAGAUGAGAAUCAUCAUAGCUAUGUUAUUACUGAAAUACCAAUUUUCACUAGUUGAAAACGCAGAUCCUGUGGUUAUUGAAAGUAGUUUAGUGUUGAGAUCUAGAAAUAAAUUACCUAUUAAAAUUAGAAAACGAAAUAUUUAAUGAUACGUACAGGCAAUUGCAAUGGAUAUGUCAUGUUGAAUAAGUCAAGUACCUAUAUUAAAUUUUUUAAAGUG